AUCAUGGUCCGGCUCCUCUUCCUUUUCUUCUCAAUGAUCUUUUUGGAGAUGUCCCUAUUCCCCAGAAACCCCGACAGGAAAGUGUUGCUGGUGGGUGCUUCGUCUCAGCGCUCGGUGGCCAGAAUGGAUGGAGAUGUUAUCAUUGGAGCCCUCUUCUCGGUCCAUCAUCAACCUCCAGCCGAGAAGGUGCCAGAGAGGAAAUGUGGGGAGAUCAGGGAGCAGUAUGGCAUUCAGAGAGUAGAGGCCAUGUUCCACACAUUGGAUAAGAUCAAUGCAGACCCAGUGCUCCUGCCCAACAUCACCCUGGGCAGUGAGAUCCGGGACUCCUGCUGGCACUCUUCAGUGGCUCUGGAACAGAGCAUCGAGUUCAUCAGGGAUUCUCUGAUUUCCAUUCGAGACGAGAAGGACGGACUCAACCGCUGCCUGCCUGAUGGCCAGACCCUUCCCCCAGGCAGGACUAAAAAGCCUAUUGCUGGCGUGAUCGGCCCUGGCUCCAGCUCCGUGGCCAUUCAAGUGCAGAAUCUGCUGCAGCUGUUUGACAUCCCCCAGAUCGCCUACUCUGCCACGAGCAUCGACCUGAGCGACAAAACUUUGUACAAGUACUUCCUGAGGGUUGUGCCUUCAGACACUUUGCAGGCAAGGGCGAUGCUUGACAUAGUCAAGCGGUACAAUUGGACCUAUGUCUCCGCAGUCCACACGGAAGGGAAUUACGGCGAGAGUGGAAUGGAUGCUUUCAAAGAGUUGGCUGCCCAGGAAGGCCUCUGCAUCGCGCAUUCGGACAAAAUCUACAGCAAUGCGGGCGAGAAGAGCUUUGACCGGCUCCUGCGCAAGCUCCGGGAGCGGCUUCCCAAGGCUAGGGUUGUGGUCUGCUUCUGCGAGGGCAUGACGGUGCGCGGGCUCCUGAGCGCCAUGCGGCGCCUGGGCGUCGUGGGCGAGUUCUCACUCAUUGGAAGUGACGGAUGGGCAGACAGAGAUGAAGUCAUUGAAGGCUAUGAGGUGGAAGCCAACGGGGGAAUCACGAUCAAGCUGCAGUCUCCAGAGGUCAGAUCAUUUGAUGAUUACUUCCUGAAGCUGAGGCUGGAUACCAAUACAAGGAAUCCCUGGUUCCCUGAGUUCUGGCAACAUCGCUUCCAGUGCCGUCUGCCGGGACACCUUCUGGAAAACCCCAACUUUAAAAGAAUCUGCACAGAAACUGUCAGAAUCCAGAUGCGGAAAAGUCCUGAGCUACCCUAUGGGUAUGACAUCAUGAAUCUACAGUAUACAGAAGAUAAUCGUUAUGACUAUGUCCACGUGGGAACCUGGCAUGAAGGCGUGCUGAACAUCGAUGACUACAAAAUCCAGAUGAACAAGAGUGGAGUGGUCCGGUCUGUGUGCAGUGAGCCUUGCUUGAAGGGUCAGAUUAAGGUCAUACGGAAAGGAGAAGUGAGCUGCUGCUGGAUUUGCACAGCCUGCAAAGAGAAUGAAUUUGUGCAAGAUGAGUUCACCUGCAGAGCCUGUGACUUGGGCUGGUGGCCCAAUGCAGAUCUGACAGGCUGUGAGCCCAUCCCUGUCCGUUAUCUCGAGUGGAGCAACAUAGAAUCCAUCAUUGCCAUCGCCUUUUCUUGCCUGGGUAUCCUUGUGACCCUGUUUGUCACCCUCAUCUUUGUGCUAUACCGGGACACGCCUGUGGUCAAAUCCUCCAGCCGAGAGCUCUGCUAUAUCAUCCUGGCUGGCAUCUUCCUCGGUUAUGUGUGCCCUUUCACCCUCAUCGCCAAACCUACCACCACAUCCUGCUACCUCCAGCGCCUCCUGGUUGGCCUUUCUUCUGCUAUGUGCUACUCCGCUUUAGUGACCAAAACCAAUCGUAUUGCUCGCAUCCUGGCCGGCAGCAAGAAGAAGAUCUGCACCCGGAAGCCCAGGUUCAUGAGCGCUUGGGCUCAGGUGAUCAUUGCCUCCAUUCUGAUCAGUGUACAGCUAACCCUAGUGGUGACCUUGAUCAUCAUGGAGCCUCCCAUGCCCAUUUUGUCCUACCCAAGUAUCAAGGAAGUCUACCUUAUCUGCAAUACCAGCAACCUGGGUGUGGUGGCCCCUGUGGGCUACAAUGGACUCCUCAUCAUGAGCUGUACCUACUAUGCCUUCAAGACCCGCAACGUGCCCGCCAACUUCAACGAGGCCAAAUACAUCGCCUUCACCAUGUAUACCACCUGCAUCAUCUGGCUGGCUUUUGUGCCCAUUUACUUUGGGAGCAACUACAAGAUCAUCACUACCUGCUUCGCAGUGAGCCUCAGUGUGACAGUGGCACUGGGGUGCAUGUUCACUCCCAAGAUGUACAUCAUUAUCGCUAAGCCUGAGAGGAAUGUCCGCAGUGCCUUCACCACCUCUGAUGUAGUCCGCAUGCACGUUGGUGAUGGCAAACUGCCUUGCCGCUCCAACACUUUCCUCAACAUUUUCCGAAGAAAGAAGCCAGGAGCAGGAAACACCAAUUCUAACGGCAAGUCUGUGUCAUGGUCUGAACCAGGUGGAAGACAAGCACCCAAAGGGCAGCACGUGUGGCAGCGCCUCUCUGUGCACGUGAAGACCAACGAGACCGCGUGCAACCAAACAGCUGUGAUCAAGCCCCUCACUAAAAGUUACCAAGGCUCUGGUAAGAGCCUGACCUUUUCAGACGCCAGCACCAAGACCCUUUACAAUGUGGAGGAGGAGGACGAUGCCCUUCCAGCUCGCUUCAGUCCUCCUGGAAGCCCUUCCAUGGUGAUGCACAGACGCGGGCCACCUGCGAUCACCACACCACCCCUGCCACCACACCUAACUGCAGAGGAGACCCCACUGUUCCUGGCAGACCCAGCCAUCCCCAAGGGCUUGCCCCCUCCUCUUCCGCAGCAACAGCAGCAGCAGCAGCAGCAGCCGCAGCAGCAGCCCAAAGCCCUGAUGGACCAGCUGCAGGGAGUGGUCAACAACUUCAGCACCGACAUCCCAGACUUCCACGCAGUGUUGGCAGGUCCUGGGGUACAGGGGAACGGGUUGCGCUCGCUGUACCCGCCCCCGCCACCCCCCCAGCACCUGCAGAUGCUGCCCCUGCAGCUGAGCACCUUUCGGGAAGAGCCCAUCUCCCCAUCUGGUGAGGAUGACGAUGAUGACAGCGAGAGGUUCAAGCUCCUGCAGGAGUUUGUGUACGAGCGCGAAGGUAACACAGAGGAAGACGAACUGGAAGACGAGGAGGAGAACUUGCCCGCCGCCAGCAAGCUGACCCCAGAGGAUUCACCCGCCCUGACGCCUCCUUCGCCUUUCCGAGACUCGGUGGCCUCUGGCAGCUCAGUGCCCAGCUCCCCUGUGUCUGAGUCGGUACUCUGCACCCCUCCCAAUGUGUCCUACGCCUCUGUCAUCUUGAGGGACUACAAGCAAAGCUCUUCUACCCUGUAAGGGAGGAAGUGAAUGCAUGGAGCUAGAGACCAGGGAGCUUCCACCCCCCUGGAAAUGCACAGAAAGCCAGAAGCAUGGGAGUGGAGAACCACACAGCCUGCAGAGGAGGGUGAAUGCUACUGUUGCCUUAAGGAGGAAGAGGGAAGAUGCUUGCUUAGCAUCUUCCAGUGGUCCAGGCCAGGACUGUGACUCUUGAAUUAUUCAGAAUUCCUCCUUAGGAAGAAAGGGAAAAACGACAAAGCACAACUCCAUAUGGUAUGUAACUUUUAUCACAAAAAAAUAAUUAAAAAAUAAACAAAAAUAAUCUCUCCUACGCAUAUGAGUCCACACCCCCCUGGUGAAGCUGGAAACUGGGCAGCUGCACUGGUGGUGCCAUUUGAAUCAUUAAUUCAUGUCAUAACAUUCAUGCUGAGCAGGUGGAGUCAGACUACCAGGUGGAUGAAAGAGAGGGCAGGAUGUGGGGACAAGGAUGGGACAACAGCUCCUAUUUCAAAAGUUCUUCUCUUUGCUGGGCCAGCAGAUUCCCGGCCUAAAGGGAGACUGGGAACCUGACCUCCAGGGGCCCCUCUUCACUGCUGAGGUCCAGUGCCAGCCUAUGGUCACUGCGGGAGGAAGGCACAGAACACCUUGAGUUUCUACCGUUUCCCUCUGUUUAAAAAAGAAAAACAGGAGUAGGAGCAAAAUCAUCUCCAAAAUGUGUUUCAGUGGAAGUGCUCCAGGGAAAAGGAAGACCAUGCAUACACAUGGGUCCUUGAGUAAAGUCAAGUCAGGAGACCCAGCUUCCCAGACUCUAUGCUUGCUUAUUGGUAACUAGAAAAAAAGCCAAUAACAAGUGGCAGAUUUUCGUGGACUCGCUUGCAUUUGUGCCAAAUAGGUUCUCCAUUGCCCUUUAUGAACGAGUACAAGCCAUGUGGCUGAGUGUUACCUUCAUUUACUGUAGCAAAUAAAACCAACCAGUUGGACUUCUAAGAUUCAGUAUAUGUACAAUGUGGUGCCAUUGUUUCUCCUAUGUACAACAGAAACAAAUCUAUCUUUGAGCCUAAUGAUGUACUCAUAGCAACUAUUAAUGGUUAAAAUCCUUUCCUGUUGUCCCUGGAGUCCCCUCUAGAAGUAAAUGUAUUACCCUGUGUCCUUGUGCACAUGUGCUUAUAAAAUUCCUGCCAUGUCAUGUUGGUCCAGCUGCAGCUAGAAAAUUGUCUUUCAGAUAUAGUAUAAAUAUUUUUAUGUUCCAAUAAUGUUUUCUAUAGCACUGUUGCCAAUGUCCAUAAGAGCUCUCUGAAGGUUUGGGUACUAUGGUCUGAUGGUUUUCAUAUGCAGCUCAGAUGGAAACUCUUCUUCUAGGAGGGAACUUAUUUUUCAGAUAGUUUAUGAUGUGGGAAUGUCAUUAAUGAAGUAAUUUGAAAUUUGCUAUAUAAAAUGUCAUAAAACAGUGAGUUACAAUAAAAAGUACAUUUUAUAAGCUGGUGUACAUUGUUAUUGAAAUGUAAGAUUGAAAAGGAAAUAUUUAUAUUAUUUCAGGUUGUUUUAGAUUUUUUUCCCCACAGUUGCUUGAGGUUUAUGGUCUGCUAGUUUACAAUAAUAUACAAAUUCAGCCAUUAUUUCUCAACCAUCUGUUCAUCACUCACACUCUGCCUUCUUAUUGUCAUAUACUCUAUUCCUCUAUUUUUGUUAUUAAUUUUCUUUAUAAUUCUCUCAUUUGCUGCUAUGUGAUAUCCAUGGACAUGUGAUCCAGUGACUCCUUGAUUAUUUUUAUCCAAAGUGGAAUUUUUCUUGAUUUUUCUUCUGUUAUUUGUUGAAUGAAUCCUCUUCCUUUAAAGAUCAUCAUUUAUGUCUUAUGUUCAGUCAUAUUUGAUUUGCUUCUUUCAUGUUGGAGCUACUGAUUUCUUAGUUUAAAAAAAUCAUCUUAGAAUCUACUCAUGACAUCAUUUGCUCAGAAUUUAACAUAAACUCCAACAUCAGAGAGUUGAUUCUUAGGUUUUGCUAUGUUCUGGCAAUUUGGUGAGUUCUAGACCAAGAAUAAACUACAUUUUAUUAAAGAAAUAUUUUAAACACUGUUAUUACAAAAACCUCAGGAACUGAAAUGUUCAGUUCCAUAUUUUCAUUGUGAUGAUAUUUUCAUUGUGAUGAAACAGAACGAGAAAAGUAGAUAGUUCAGUACCUAGUAGAUGGAGCUCUACUAAUUGGCAAACUGGAAGGAGAACACAAGCUAUGUCCUACAUUAUUUUAAAAUUAAUGUCACUAACAUAUGGCCUUCAUUAUUACAGGACUUGUGAAUUCAUAUAUUUUUGAAGCCAGAAUGGAUAAGGAAAUGUUUCCUAUAUAAUGAUGCAACAGUUGAGUUUGUUCUGGGGUUUUGGUCUAAGACAUUUGGUGAACACAUUCAACACCGAUUACAAUAUUAAUGAAUGCUACUAUUAUCAUGAUUAUGAGUGUCCUGGUAUAAAUAGACUAUUAUCUCAUAUCAUAAUUGUUCCGAAUUGGAGAUGUACACAUAAAUACCCUGUACCUAAAGGGCAAAAUCUGUUCACUGUAAUGUGCGUGCUUAU